AGUUACGCCGUAGCGGCUUCUCCUCACCUUUAAACCAUCCUUUACGGAGCCUGCGGAUGAUGUCGGAGAGAAACUGACAAAAGCCGAAAUCUACUCUAAGCCCGUGCUUGUGCAGGCACUGAUGGGGACCCAUGAAUUGCGUGCUAUUUGCUAGUUUCUUUGUAUUUGUCUGUGCUGUCCUGGGCGACAACAAAGGAGGGAUAACUGGUGUAAUUUCAGCUGUUUUGGACGUGCUGGUUGUUGCUCGUGCCACGGCUGUCAUCCUGAAGUUAUUUUUUGCGUAGAAUUAGCCGUGAUCAGCUGAAUGUCGCCAACGUUAGGCAAAUCGGGGAAGGAUUUUUGAUGGUAAUCGCAGCGUUGUUGUCGUGAUAUCCCUCAUUACUGUGGGUCCACCACGCGUGUCGUGUCAAACUCUGCGUCAGUGCAAUUCAGCUGUUAUUCUGGCAAUUUUCUGGUCAACUGCAGACUAUUGGAGAGAAUGAAAAUUGUGACGCAGUUGUGUAAAACAUCUUUCGUUGCCCGCUGCAGCAGCGCCGAGCUGCUCUGCGGCACCUACAUGAGCUGCUGCGAAACGUCUGCGCAGUUUGCGUGUGCCAGCAGGCAUGUGAAGUUGAAUUCUUUUAAAAACAACGUUAAUGCAUUCAACCAGAUUGGCUAAAUGUUGGGGGUAUAGGGUUCUAAAAGAAAUACUUGUUUUGCCAAGGCGUGGGAGUUGUAGUUCAGUGUCUCGGCCAGUGUUGACUUUUCAACUGCCUCUGUAGGGGAAAUGGACUACAACACCCAUGCGCCCAUUGCUCUCCAGAUACUUUGUAAACUCUGUGCAAGUUGCUCGUCUGCACCGCUAUUUUAGGUAUGUUGCUAAUGCUAUCUGCUCGCGACUGUGUUGGUUUGCCUGCUUUUGACUUUGGCCUCUUGGAAUACAUGAAAAGCGUCGGUGUUUGUCGAUGACAGCUUAUGAACGACAAUGCACCAAUGACAUUUACCAACAAGAUUUUCAGCUGAAUUCCCACCUGACUACACUGGCCAGCAUCCAUAAGAUCCACCACACGUUGCACAGGCUGAACCUGACAGAAGACGUCGGGCAGGAAAACCACUCCUCAGCUUGUUGCUCCAGAGCCAUGCCUCCUAGGAAAAAGAGGAGACCCUCUGCUGGAGAUGACAUGUCAGCCAAGAAAAGUCGCCAGGACAGUGUUUUCAGAAAACAUGAAUCAUCGCAGAUUCGUGAGGAGGAGACAUUUUCAAGUAAAAGAUGCUUGGAGUGGUUUUAUGAAUAUGCAGGCUGUGAUGAUGUGGUGGGUCCAGAGGGCAUGGAGAAGUUCUGUGAGGACAUCGGAGUAGAGCCAGAGAAUGUGGUGAUGCUGGUUCUUGCCUGGAAGCUGGAUGCCCAGAGUAUGGGAUAUUUCACUCUCCAAGAAUGGCUGAGAGGCAUGGGCUCUUUGCAGUGCGACUCAACAGAGAGGCUGAGGAAUUCGCUGGAUUACCUGAGAUCUGUCCUUAAUGACAGCACCAGUUUUAAGCUCAUUUAUAGAUAUGCCUUUGAUUUUGCUCGGGAAAAGGAUCAGAGGAGUUUGGACUUAAAUACAGCCAAAUGUAUGUUGGGGCUUCUUCUGGGAAAGACAUGGCCCCUGUUUCCUGUCUUUAAUCAAUUUCUAGAGCAAUCCAAGUACAAAGUCAUCAACAAAGACCAGUGGUGCAAUGUUUUAGAGUUUAGCAGGACAAUCAACUUGGACCUCAGUAACUAUGAUGAGGAUGGUGCCUGGCCUGUUUUGUUGGACGAGUUUGUGGAAUGGUACAAGGAAAGACAAAUGGCAUAGCUGCAGAGCAAAAUGAAAAAAGCGAAACGAUACAACUGUGACGACGACCACGAGAAUCAACAACCAAUAAGUAAACGAUACACAAAUGGUAAAGCAUCGACAGUGGUUGCUUCCAAAGAGAAGGAGGGAUUUGGGCUGUGGGUGGGCAAGGAGGGGGAUGGGUGGUUUGCAGUCUGGGUGCAUGCUGCCCAGAUUGCAGAUGUGAAGGGCUGUCAUUGUGGAGCUCGGUUUCCUACUGAAGUUGCAUCGUGGGCAAGCUUGCAGCAAUCCCUUACUGGCAUUGCUCACUCUCUCCCUCUCUCUCACUGUGACAUGUCAUGUUGUUGUCUGUGUUAGGAUAACUUUGUAUCAUACAUGGACGAUGGAAGCAAAAUGGUAUAGUGUGGGAGAAUUCUCACAUUUUGUCUGCAGCACAGAGCAACCAACACAAGUGACCAUUCAUGCAUUGUGUCUGAGUCUUAAACAGGGUCACUUUGACCCAGGCACACUUCAUUCUUCUGUAUCUGUGCAAUGAACUUGAAGUUGAGCUUUUCUGGACCGAUGGCACUAACUAUUGUUUGUCAUAUGUGUGGGUUUGAUAGGAGUUCUUCAUGAAGCACACUGUGUCAAAUGGCUGAGUACAAGUUUCUGAUGCCUGUGCUGUUUACUUUUGAGUUUUUGCCAGUGACCCCAAGCCCCCACCCCCAAGUUUCUGAUCCCUCCUGCUGUUUUGCUUCAGCUAAUGCUAACAGGUUGCUAACCCACUGCGAAGGCUUCAGACCUCUUAAAACCAAACAACAGCGUUGCUGCUUACUUACUCUUAUAACAGUACAGCGGUGAGCCACUCGUGCUCUGAUUAACAAUUAUUGGUCUCAUGACCGAUUUAUGUAUCUACGUUGUGUAGGUAAGAGUAUUAUUGUGCCUCAAAUCAAGGAAGUCACUUUGUGUGUCCCACACAAGUACCAACAAACCCAAAAGUACAUUAUAUACACAUGUGAAGACACAUGAAGACACAGCACUCAUAUGUACACAAACACACACACAUGCUCAUGCACACACAAACACACUGAGUGGUCAGGGAUUAUUCAGGAUUAAUUCAGACUGUUUGGGCUGUGUUAUAAGUUGACAUAGAUAUAGUUGUUGUUCAUUACGUCUUUAUGUGAUAUCUGUUUUGUCUUCCUUAGUCCACUGAUAGUUUCAGGUUCCUCUUACUGGUAAGCAUCUCUCCCAACACUGACAGUGUUAAUAUGAAUACAGUGGAAGACCAGUGACCCUCUCAGGAUGAGGUCCUUUAGGCUUGAUUAGAACAGUAGGUUCGCUGAAAGCAUUGCUUUGUACCAUCCGUAGAAUCUAAUCAAAACAAUGGACACUGACAGUUUGGAGCUGCGUGAUGAUGCUAUGCUCUUCUUUUGCCUAGUAUAAUGUUCUUGUAACACUUGUAUAAAGUUUUGUCUCUGGCUGUUGUGUGAUGCUGAGUCGUCAGAAGAUUUAAUAUUUGCAUGCAUGCUCCAACAGAGCCUUUUGUGAAUGGAUGAAAUUUUUUGAAAACAUUUUUCAGAUGCAUUUUUGUUUUGUACAGGAAUUUGUGCAAAUGUUUUGUGCUUAUUUUGAUAGUCACGGUCAUGCCACCUUAAUUCUGAUGAACUACAUGAUCGUGUCUGUUGAGACCUGGAACACACCUGUAACCUCAUGGUGGAAGAGGAGUUCCCUCCUGCAUUCUCCUCCAUACUCUGAAUCUUCAUGUGUGCUGUAAAGCUUUAGGUAGCUGCAGCCAGUAUACAGGAUCUAAUGUUAUUUAUUAACAGUACAUAACAUGUUUUGCAACUUUUGCACCACACUUUUACAAUACACUCACAUAUACUUUGAAAUCUGUUGUAAAGAUUAUAUACAUCAGCUCCCGUGGCAAUGAAAUCCACUAUAACUGAAACCAUGACAGCCUUUAUUGUCAUUACAAUCCAUCAGCAUACAGUGUAAAAUCAAGGUAAUUGCUGAAUUGCUCUCCAAAUACUGAGUAGAGAUCAGUGUUUAGAGUUUUUUCCCAUGACUGUGCAGGAGGAUGAACAGCCUUGUCCCUACUGUAUAUAUGUAUGUAAAACAAUGUAAGUGUCUAUGUAUGUUUUCAUUAUAACCUAUGUCUAUAUACAUAAAUAAAUUGGUUUAUUAACUUAUUGGCUUA